CGAACAAACCGCAACUCGGGAACCCUGAGAAACACAACACAUUCCAUCCAUCUCGACUAUACUCCCUCCGUACUGCCUGUCUCAUUCUUUCUUCCCUGCAUCACUUCCUGGUCACGUACAAUCCAGAGGCUUGUGGAACGUCGACCACUGACUACCUGUCUUCUCACGAACCACGCCCUUCCUCGACGCCCUUGCGCCGUUGUGCCCCGUUCUCUUUCGUUUUAGACAGCGGGGGGGCCUCGGGCCGAGACUGGCGUCAUGACCUCGGUACGGCGACGAGGCGUCGAAUCCUUUGAGAUACACGAGGAUGUGCCUCGGACUGAAGACACCGAGAUGAUGGCAGAGUCGGAACACCCAACAGAAGCGGAAGAACAGGAGGGGGUGGAGGUGGAGGGCGAGGAAGAAGAAGACGAAGACGAAGACGAGGCAGCAGACGAAACUUCGUCCUACAGCUCAGACGACGGGGAAACCGUCGACGAAGGAGUCCAGAAUGAGAUGGAACGUCUUCAAGAUAGUUUCCCCGGCUUCCGACAGAAGUAUCGUCUGAUUAAACGUAUUGGUGAAGGCACAUUCUCCACUGUUUACAAGGCCGAAGACCUCCUUUACGACCAAUAUGAUAACCUCUGGGAUCUCGAUGAGAAGGAAAACCAGGUCGGCAAGUGGACGCCUCCGCCAUUACGACGCCUCCACGGUGCAAACCACACGAACAGCAGGGCCGUCUCCCGCGAGCCCCAACGACGCCGGCCCAGGUUCGUCGCCAUCAAGAAAAUCUACGUCACCUCCUCUCCCCUGCGCAUCCUGAACGAGCUCGAACUGCUCCACGACCUCCGCAACUGCCCCUCCGUCUGCCCCCUCAUCACCGCCUUCCGCCACACCGACCAGGUCGUCGCCAUUCUGCCCUACUUCCGCCACGAGGACUUCCGCGACUACUUCCGCCAGAUGAAGGUCCCGGACAUCGCCAUCUACCUGCGCUCCCUCUUUACGGCCCUCGGCUUCGUGCACGACCACCACAUCCUCCACCGCGACAUCAAGCCCACCAACUUCCUCUACGACCCGGCCACGCGCCGCGGCGUGCUCGUCGACUUUGGGCUCGCCGAGCGCGAAGGCUCCGACGCGAAACCCUGCCUCUGCCACGAGCCGCGCGAGGUGCGCAAGCUGCGCGUCCACAACAGCGCCGCCGCCCUCAACGGCUCGCAAGCGGGCUACCCCAAGAACGACACCCGACCGUCCCGCCGCGCCAACCGCGCCGGCACGCGCGGCUUCCGCGCCCCCGAGGUGCUGUUCAAGUGCACCGAGCAGACCACCAAGAUCGACAUCUGGAGCGCCGGCGUCAUCCUCCUCACCAUCCUGAGCAAGCGCUUUCCGUUUUUCAAUUCCGCCGACGACGUCGAGGCCAUGGUGGAGAUUGCUACCAUUUUUGGGUACAGGCGCAUGCGCGUCGCCGGCCUCCUCCACGGGUGCAUGUUCGAGACGAGCAUCCCUACCAUCGGCACUGCGGGGUUCUCCCUCGACAAGAUCAUCUUGUGGUCGACCUGCCGCACGCCUGGCAGCUCCGAGGAUGGGAACCCCGAGGGGAAGCCCCUGACCGAGGAGGAGAAGGUUGCCGUAGGGUUUCUGGAACGGUGUUUGGACCUCGACCCGUCCAAGCGGAUCAGUGCACGCGAGGCGCUGAAGCAUCCUUUCUUGCGCGAACCGGAGUCGGAGAGGGAUGCGGUCGACUUGACCGGCGAUGGGGAUGACGAUGAGAUGGAUCUGGUUGCAUAAGGCCGCCGAUCCUUGCUUACGCUUUUAACAGUAUACAUGACAUGUCGUGACAUGGCACAGCGAUAUGGAGUUGGAGUAGCAUUUGUCUCUGGGGGGAUCGCGACGACCGACAAGUCAUGAUGACGGACUCGAUUAUGUAUAAUAUCAUAAUUAUGUAUGAUACCAUAAAUGAUGAUCGUGACCCCG